AUGACUUUUCAGAUGGUGGUGAUAUCGUUAUUGGCGCUCGUCGCAGCUGAAGAUGCUUGUCGCGGUCCAAUGGAUACUCGCGAGGCGCAUGCUUGUGCGGUGGAAUGUGUGCGGUGUAAGAUUGGAUGUGUUGAGGAUGCUUAUUGGGAGCGAGUGGAAAGGGAGGGAGAGCGGGAAGGAAACCAGGAAGAAGAGGAGCAGCGAGAGAGAGCUGAUAAAAGGAGAGGGGGGAUAUGGAAGGUCAUGGAGGGGGGAUUAAAGAGAGUUGAUAGGGAGGAGGAUGAGAGCAUGCCCAAACAAGAGACGGAGGAGUAUCAGGAUUUCCCAGCCCAUGUGCUCUACCGCAAGAUAGCGGUCAGGCCCUUCGCAGCACAGAAGCCAAUGAGAUAA